CGUUACGCCCCCCUCGGCCCUGAUCAGGAAGUGAAUCUGUGGGAAAUAGAAAAACGGUCCCUAGAAUGACAUAGAAGCGGGUGAGGUGGGGUUGACCGAGACACCGGGACUAACGCAGGACUCGACACCUAUUUGGCUUCAUCCAGGUGCAAAAGCACGUUAUCUUUGGAAGGCAUAAAGCACCGGAGAAAAUGCUGAUUAAAGAAUUUCGAGUGAUCCUACCGAUUUCUGUGGAGGAGUAUCAGGUCGGGCAGCUGUACUCAGUAGCGGAGGCCAGUAAGAACGAGACGGGUGGAGGAGAGGGCGUUGAGGUCCUGAAGAACGAACCCUACGAGAAGGAUGGAGAGAAGGGACAGUACACACACAAAAUCUACCACCUGCAGAGUAAAGUCCCAUCAUUUGUACGAAUGCUUGCACCAGCGUCAGCUCUGAACAUUCACGAGAAAGCUUGGAACGCCUACCCAUACUGCCGCACAGUAAUUACUAAUGAGUAUAUGAAAGAAAACUUCCUCAUCAAGAUCGAGACGUGGCACAAACCCGACAUGGGACAGCAGGACAAUGUUCAUGGUCUAGACCCAGACACCUGGAAGAAGGUGGAGGUGAUGUACAUAGACAUCGCAGACCGGAGUCAGGUGGAGCCAAAGGACUAUAAACCAGAUGAAGACCCCACUAAGUUCAAGUCUGUAAAGACUGGAAGAGGGCCGCUCGGUCCGGAUUGGAAGAAAGAGCUACCUAAAAGGACAGACUGCCCACAUAUGUGUGCCUACAAACUGGUUACUGUCAAGUUCAAGUGGUGGGGCCUGCAAAACAAAGUGGAAAACUUUAUUCAAAAGCAAGAGAAGCGCUUGUUCACUAAUUUCCACCGGCAGCUGUUCUGUUGGAUUGAUAAAUGGAUCGAGCUGAACAUGGACGACAUCCGCAGAAUGGAGGAAGAGACCAGGAGGGAACUGGAUGAGAUGAGAGUGAAGGAUCCAGUGAAAGGCAUGGUGGCUCUUGAAGACUGAAGCGGCUAUGUGUUCCUGGAUGCUGCUGUUCAUAAAGUCUUUCUCAGAUCAGACCUGAACAACUGGAGACCAGCAGCAUCACUCCCCUCAAUCAAAUCAAAGCAACAUGUCUUUUUAAUCGUAAUCAAAGUCCUUCAUCCAGCCCUUUUGGUGCAGUUUGUCCUGAGCAUCCUUCAUAUCCUCCUUUCAGUCUGACAGUGGAGCACAGUGACUAGUUAAAUAGGCUAUUAUACUGGUUCUAACGUCAUGCCCAGUUUAUGAAGUCUACCUACUUAAACAAAUACAGGGACGAUCAGCAGUUCGUCAUUUAUGAUGUCAGAUCAUUACCUUAAUAAAUGGAGCUCAGCAGAAUUGUGUUUUAAGAUGAGUUUAAUGUAAAGCAGAUGAUAUUUGUGUGUAUAUAUAUAUUCAGAAUAUAUAUUGGCAGUGGAAUUAUUGUGACAGAUGUAUAAACAGGGUUUUAAGUAAUUGUUCUCCUUUUUUUCAGUUUUCCUUGUUUUGUUUUUAUCUGUAGUGAUUUGUUUUAAUUUUUUUUUAACCUAUUUACCAGCUGAUCCAAGGUGAAAGCGUGUCUGUUUAUAGUAUAGUACUGUACAAUCACAUUCAUGUCAUCCUGACCAUUAAUUUAUUUGUAACAUGCAUUAUGGACUACAAGUACAGUUCAUAUUUAAAUGCAAAACACAGAGUUUAUUAUAAUCAGCUGAUCGAACAGUAUCACAUUCUUGAAAUAAGCUGAAGUUAAAAGUAUUGUUGUUUGUUAAUCCGUCAAUAUGAAUGGUUUCAUUGUCAUUUCUUCCACAGUUUUCUUGUGUGUGCUAUUUUAGUCAAGUUAUUUUAUUAUUUA